CAUAGUUGAGUUUCCUAAGUGUGUAACGGAGCACUUCAAUCGUAUUUGUACUUUCAAUUUAGGAAAUAUCACCAACGCAGUGACAAAUGGCGUGCAGUUCAGCGGGAAGAGAAAGUCCUGAAUUAAAUCGCCCAAACAUGCGCAGAGGUAGCUUUGAUAAGAAACGCCCCAGCAUGAGUGAUGUGAGGAUUGUUCUUCUGGGGAAGAGCGUGUCAGAAAACAGUCGUGUGGGAAACUUCCUGUUGGGACGAGCAGCGUUUGACAGUGAAGCUCAUCCAGAUGUUGUAGAGAGACUCAGAGGAAGAUUGAAGGACAGACAUGUGAUGAUCAUCAACAGUCCUCAGUUGCUCCAGACAAACAUCUCAGAUGAUCAGAUCACACAGACAGUGAGAGAGUGUGUGUCUCUGUCUGAUCCAGGACCUCAUGUCUUCAUACUCGUACUGCAGUAUAAUGACUUCACUAAGAAGCACCUGAAAAGAGUGAAAAUUGUCCUGAAAGAAUUCAGUAAAGACGCGAUUAAACGCACCAUCUUGAUCACGACUGAUGAAGCAACACGUAGUAAACGGGCAUCUUGGAAAGUUACGUUGGAAAGUGAAUUAAUUCGAUUAUCUACAGAUUGUGAAGGAAGACAUGUUCAACUUAAUAAUGAGACAGAGAAAUGGCUGUCUGACAUAGAUCAAUGGAUAGAGAAGAUACUCAGAGACAACAGUGAAGAAUUUCUCAAGUGUGAUUAUGAUUAUGCAGAAGGAUCAUCAGUGGAUAAAGAUCCGAACACAACUUCUGCUUCUCCCAGAACAAAGGAAGAUCCUGAUUCAAAGGAUGAUGAACAACACCAAGACACUCAUACAGAGAUGAAGAAAUCAAAAAGAUUUGCUCGUUUUAUGCCAUUAAGUGCCUUUUUGGGUUACACAGAACAAAGUCCAAAGCAAAAUCAGCCAAGGGGAGUUGUAAGUGACACAAGACAACAGAGGCUGAACAUGGUGCUGUGUGGAAGUGAUGAAACACUGAAGGCCUCUGUAUCCAACUAUAUAAGAAAAGAAAAAAAGAAAAAACUUCGGAUCAGUCUGGUGGAGCUUCCAGCUCUCAAUCGGCUCUCAGAGGAGGAAGCGAUGUCUCACGCUCAUCGCUGUGUGUCUCGCUGUGAUCCUGGAGUUCAUGUUUUCCUCCUAGUUAUUCCUGCUGGUCCACUUAAUAAUGAAGACAAAGCAGAAAUGGAGAACAUCCAGAAGAUAUUCAGCUCAAGAAUCAACAAACACCUCAUGGUUCUCAUAAUCCAAGAGGAGAGCAUGAUUAGCAAUCUGAAUAUACUUCACACUUCAGUUACUAAGACAUCUAUCCAGACACUUGGAGGUCAUCAUUUUGUUCUGGAGAACAGCUCACAGGUUCCAGAUCUACUGCAGGAUGUAGAGAAUAUGGUACAGGAGAACAAAGGAAGUUCCUACACAACAUUCAUGUACCUUCAGGAUCGAGUAGAACUGGAGAGAAACAAACACAGAGCUGAAAUAGAGGAACUGAGAAAAUAUGUGAUGAAGACUCAAUCAACAGCAGCAGGUGUAAGACAUGAUGAAGAUCUGAGGAUUGUGCUGCUGGGAAAGACGGGUGUGGGGAAAAGUGCAACAGGAAACACCAUACUGAGAAGAGACAUGUUUGAAUCAAUACCUAAUCCAUCCUCAGUGACCAGAGAGUGUCAGAAAGAAACAUCUGAGUUCAACAGAAGACGAAUAACUGUGAUUGACACUCCAGGACUGUUUGAUACUGGAGUUGAUAAUGAUGAGAUCUGGAAGGAGAUUGUGAAGUGCGUCUCAAUGGCAGCACCUGGUCCACAUGUGUUUCUGCUGGUGCUUCAACUGGGACGAUUCACUCAAGAGGAGAAAGAUGCAGUGAAGAUGAUCCUGGAGACUUUUGGAGACAAAUCCAGAAUGUACACCAUAGUACUGUUCACCAGAGGAGAUGAACUUAGAGGAACAACAAUUGAAGAUUAUGUUCAACGAAAUGACAGCUUAAAGAACCUCGUCCAUCAGUUUGGAGACAGAUACCAUGUGUUCAAUAACAUGGAGAAUAAAGAUUACACACAAGUUUCUGAUCUUCUGGAUAAGAUUGACUGGAUGUUGACAGUAAAUGGAGGGAGUUUCUACACCAAUGUGAUGUUCCAGCAGGUGGAGAAGAACAUCAAAGAUGAACAAGAGAGAAUCAUGAAAGAGAAAGAAGAAGAGAUCAAGAGAAAUGAAGAAGAGCUGAAAACCAAAUAUGAAGCUGAAAUGGAACACAUGAAGAAAGAAAAAGAGAGAGAAAGACAAGAGAUGCAGAAUGAACUGAGAAGAACUGAAGAGGAAUUCAAAAAGAGAGAGGAGGAGAUCAAGAAAGAGACCAAUGAAACCCUUCGAGACGAGAUGAAGAGAAAACUGGAGGAGCACAAGAAACAAAUUGAAGAGGAGAAUGAAAGAAAGGAAAAAUCUUUAGGAGAAAUGCAACAGAGCUUCAUUAAACUCCUGGAAGAAAAACAUGAGAAGGACAAGCACAAACUUCAGGAGAAAAUUCAAUGUGAAGCUAGAGAACAAGCAGAAUGUGAAUUUAGUGAAAAACUUAUGAAAGAAGUGAAUAAAGCUUUAGAAGACGCUGAAGCGAAACUACCAUAUACAGCCAAACGAGCUCGUGACUGGAAUCGCUAUGUUCCUAUUCUUGGAGGAGCUGCUGGAGGAGCUGUUGGUGGUGUUGAAGACAUUGUGCAGUUCUUUGGCAAAAUUAAAUUUAAACGUCAAGCCCAAAGUCAAACUGAAGGUUGAAUCAGGUAAA